AUGGUUGCCAUCUGCAAGUGUUGUCUUAUAAAGCCCAAAGAGAAUGUCUACGUCACAGCAUUGGGCAGAUAACGGCGGUGUCAGAAACACUGUGAGAUCUUGACCAGGCCCACCAAGGAGCAGUGUAUGUUUUGGACAUACAGUGUAUUUUAUACCCGAGUUUCAGUUCAGCGUGAGAAAUGGCGAAGUACAAACUCCUGAUCAGAUCAGCUCGUCAGGUCGUGCAGGUCACCAACACAGGAGCACGUGCACUCUAUGGAGCGGACAUGCAGCUCGUGGCGGUGUUGGAAUCCGAUGUUGAGGGUCAUAGCAUUGUGGUGGGGCUUGAUGGUAAAAUCAGCGACAUUGGUCCGGACAGCGAGAUAUUAGACAAGUACAGGGACGCUGAUUUCACCACCGUCAUCAACGCAAGCGGGAGAUGCGUGAUGCCAGGGUUAGUGGACGCACACACCCACCCGGUGUGGGCCGGGGACCGGGUGCACGAGUUUGCUAUGAAGUUGGCCGGGGCAUCGUACAUGGAGGUGCACAACGCCGGCGGGGGCAUACACUUCACCGUCGACCACACCAGGCAGGCGACGGAGGAGGAGCUGCUGCAAUCAUUCUGCGGUCGGCUCCGGGCAAUGGUCCGGUUUGGUACCACGCUGGUUGAAUGUAAAAGUGGAUAUGGUUUAGACACGGACAGCGAACUGAAGAUGCUGAGAGUGAUAGACAAGGGGAGACAGAGCGUCAGUAUUGACGUUUCCAGCACAUACUGUGGCGCUCAUGCUGUCCCGAAAGGUCGAACGGCGGCAGAGGCGACAGAUGACGUCAUUAAGAGGCAGCUCCCUGCUAUACAGAAACUGAUGACGUCAGGCGAGCUCCGCGUGGACAACAUCGACGUGUUCUGUGAGAAGGGGGUGUUUGACGUCACACAGUCACGUGACAUCCUCUUGGCUGGGAAGGCAGCGGGGUUACAGGUCAACUUUCAUGGUGAUGAGUUGCACUGCUUGAACUCUGCCGAGAUGGGCGCUGAUAUCGGUGCUCUUGCCAUCAGCCAUCUUGAAGAGGUGUCACGUGACGGCAUCGGCGCCAUGUCAAGGAGCGGCACUGUAGCAGUUAUUCUGCCUACGACGGCCUAUAUACUUCGGUUAUCCCCCCCUCCCGUCCGUCAGAUGAUCACAGAAGGCGUGGCCGUGGCCCUGGGAUCGGAUUUCAACCCGAAUGCAUAUUGCUUAUCAAUGCCGAUGGUGAUGCAUCUUGCCUGUGUCAAUCUGCGCAUGUCCAUGCCGGAAGUGCUAUGUGCUGGUACUAUCAACGCGGCAGCUGCUCUGGGCAAGUCGUCCAGCCACGGUUCUAUAGAAGUGGGGAAAGUCGCCAAUCUCCUCGUCUUGGAUGCACACAGGUGGGAACAUUUGAUCUACCAGUUUGGUUGUAAUGACGUCAUCGAACACGUCAUCUGGCACGGAGACGUUGUCCACAGCAAGUCAAAACCUUGUACGUCAUAAUCCUCAACUCCGCUAAGUCAUGUUUGUACGAUGUAUUGUUUGCCACAGAUUGGCUGGCUGGCGUUUGAUGUAUAACGAGCGCUUCUAACGAACUGAUUUUGCAUGUCGAUUUUACGUCACGUAUAUACUUCACCUCGAUCAUUCGCUGUGCAGAGUUGAGUCCCUUGGGCACCCCACCUAUGAUCGUGGGUUAGAAUCAAGGUUCGCCCUAAUUAUGUUUCUAGGUUGGACAGCAC